GGGCCCCGGGCCGCCUUUAUAAACCGGCGGGGGAGGCGGCCGGGCCAACGUCGCGCUCCCGCCACUCGGCGCCCUGGAUCCCAGCUCGCCGGUCCCACGCCGCUUGUGCCCGGACAGAUCUUCACCACGAGUUCUGCGCAGGAUUGGAACAUCAGCUAACGGCUGAGCACUGCCAACCCACCUCCUCCCAUCCACGUCCAUCACACCUCUGGACUCCAGAGAGGAAGCAGGGCUUGGGGUGUGCCAUGAUCUCAACAUUCUUAGUACUGGCCAUUGGCACCUGUCUUACCAACUCCCUAGUGCCAGAGAAAGAGAAAGACCCCAAUUAUUGGCGAGAGCAAGCCCAGCAGACUUUAAAAAAUGCUCUGGGACUUCAGAAACUCAAUACCAACGUGGCCAAGAAUGUCAUCAUGUUUCUGGGAGAUGGGAUGGGCGUCUCCACGGUGACAGCCGCCCGCAUCCUCAAGGGUCAGCUACACCACAACCCUGGGGAGGAGACCCGGCUGGAGAUGGACAAGUUCCCUUUCGUGGCACUCUCCAAGACUUACAACACCAACGCACAAGUCCCUGACAGCGCAGGCACUGCCACUGCCUACUUAUGUGGGGUGAAGGCCAACGAGGGCACUGUGGGGGUAAGCGCAGCAACCCAGCGCACACAGUGCAACACCACUCAGGGAAACGAGGUCACCUCCAUCUUGCGCUGGGCAAAGGAUGCUGGGAAGUCUGUGGGCAUCGUGACCACCACUCGGGUUAACCACGCCACCCCCAGCGCUGCCUACGCACACUCAGCAGACAGGGACUGGUACUCAGACAACGAGAUGCCCCCGGAGGCCCUGAGCCAGGGCUGCAAGGACAUUGCUUACCAGCUCAUGCACAACAUCAAGAACAUUGACGUGAUCAUGGGGGGCGGCCGGAAGUACAUGUACCCUAAGAACAGAACCGACGUGGAGUAUGAGGUAGACGAGAAGGCCAGGGGCACCAGGCUGGACGGCCUGGACCUCAUUCACAUCUGGAAGAGCUUCAAACCAAGACACAAGCACUCCCAUUUUGUCUGGAACCGCACGGAACUCCUGGCUCUUGACCCCUUCACUGUGGACUACCUCUUGGGUCUCUUUGAGCCUGGAGACAUGCAGUAUGAGCUGAACAGGAACAACGUGACUGACCCAUCCCUCUCCGAGAUGGUGGAGGUGGCCAUCAAGAUCCUGAAGAAGAACCCCAAAGGUUUCUUCUUGCUGGUGGAAGGAGGCAGGAUUGACCAUGGCCACCAUGAGGGCAAGGCCAAGCAGGCACUGCACGAGGUGGUAGAGAUGGACCAGGCGAUCGGACAGGCAGGCACCAUGACCUCUCUGGAAGACACGCUAACGGUGGUCACUGCUGAUCAUUCUCACGUCUUCACCUUCGGUGGAUACACCCCCCGGGGUAACUCUAUCUUUGGCCUGGCCCCCAUGGUGAGCGACACAGACAAGAAGCCUUUCACGGCCAUCCUGUACGGCAAUGGGCCUGGCUACAAGGUGGUGGGUGGCGAGAGAGAGAAUGUCUCCAUGGUGGACUAUGCUCACAACAACUACCAGGCCCAGUCAGCUGUGCCCCUGCGCCAUGAGACCCACGGCGGGGAGGACGUGGCGGUUUUUGCCAAGGGCCCCAUGGCGCACCUGCUGCACGGCGUCCACGAGCAGAACUACAUCCCCCACGUGAUGGCUUACGCUGCCUGCAUCGGGGCCAACCUUGACCACUGUGCCUGGGCCAGCUCGGCGGGCAGCCCCGCUCCCGGGCUCCUGCUGCUCUUGAUGGCGCUGUUGCCCCUCAGUGAUCUGUUCUGAGGGCCCCUGGCCCUCCACACAUGGCCAGCCCCACCCCCAGUGCUGCCCAUGGCCGGCAGCCCACACCUCAGGAGCUGGAGGCCCAGGCCUCCACAGCAGCUGAGCUGCCAGAAGGGGGACCCAGGAGCCAAAGUCAGUCGCCUGCCCUGCUCCCCUUUGAAAUCUUCCAUGGGCCAGACCCAUUCCUGGCUCCGGCCUUCUUCCCGCCCCAAUGUCCUUUGGCCAACAAGGUAAGCUGCUCUUGGGCAGGCAGAGCCCAGACUGCAGAAAUUCCCAAAAGUAUCUUAUUUUUCUACCACAUCUACUUCUCCUUUCCCAGAAUCCUGCAGCCUCCACAGGACAUUCAGCUCUGACUCUCUCACUCCCCUCUGGAUCCCACCUGGCCCCAUGUUCACGCCCUAUCCCCAAGCCCAGCCCUCUAUACAGGGGAGACCAGGUCUCUCUCCUCAGGAAGGUUGCUCGCUCCCUGCAAGGCUCUGCCAGGGUGCCCAGGAAGCCAGCUUCUGAAACUGGCUGUCCACCUGCGGUGGCCAGGCCAGGAAGAGCAGCCUGGCGGGCACACACUCCAAGCACUCAUGCCAGCUCCUGUCUGAAGUGACUCUCCUGUUUGGAAUGGCAAAAAAAAAAGAAAGAAAAAAAUUU